UAUUCAACAUGCCUCCUCCGUCCGCCGCCGACUCGGCGCACUUCAAUUCACCAGAGUUGACCUCUGGCAUGACUUCAGCAUCCAGCUCUGAGAAGGUGUCAAAGAGUGCUGCUACCGGCGAGACCAGCAUCAAGCAGGCUAGCAUUGACUUAGACGUCGAGNNGCCUCGGCUCGUCGUAGUUCUCUUCUCUGCGCACCAAGGCGCUGAACCUGACUACUACCUCGAUGUGUUCAAACGCAGACGCAUUGUUCACAACCCAACUCUGCAGCAUCUUUCCCAGCAGCAUAUCGCUCGCGCCAACUUUGGCAGUGAGUCAGUCAAGGCCUUGUUCAGCUCUGGAUCUUCUGCUUUCACGAGUGGUCAGGCUCAGCCCAGCAGAAACGCGAACAUGCCCGUGUCAUAUAUGGCGUCAAGCUUCGGUCCCGGUGUUCACCUCAACAUCCCGGGCCUUUCGGGUGCCGACGGACCUGUCCUUCACACCGACCCCCGCAACGUGCUGCCUGGUCUUGCCGGCGCUGCCGUUAACACUGGCAAGCGUGCUGCCUUUGACCCUAUCGGAUUUCCUGGAAGUGCUCCCUACGGCAUUAAUGUCUCAGGUAUUCCGUUCACUCCUCAGCCCACUGGCUUCAUGAUCCCUGGUCUCGGCGCUUUGGUCAAGCCUCUUGAUCUUGACAACAACAAGAAGACUUCUGUUUCUUUUCCCGCGAAGACACGCUCACUCCUAGCUGAGCCCUACUCUCGCGAUGACGGUGGUCCUUCAGAUGUCUUUGGUCCUUCUCAGCAGAGUGCCUCCAACUCACCAUCCAAGCAAAACUCAUCUGUUUUGUCCAAAACUCUUGCUGCUGAUCACGCCGAAAAGCCUAUGAGUCAAGGACCUGCCUCGCCCGAUGCUUCUGCUGCUCCCAAGAAGUCACAGAUCACUACUCCACCUUCUGGUGCUGCCAAGGAGUCGGACUAUGUCCGCCCUUCAGGCUCUCCACCUGUCUGGGUUCAGAAGCAGACACCUCUCACCUUCAACAAGCAAGCUCGUGCUCAAAACGACGACCACUCUUUUGAGACUUUCAUGGGAGCCAAUGCGAUCCUUAGUGGCAUGAACCCUGACCACUACUCGAUGCCCUACGGAUCGCAAGUGGUCGCUAUCAAGUGCCCAAACCUUGAUGACAUCCUCAUGUCCCAUCAGACUGGCUUCUGGGCCACCAACCAGAACGUCAUGACACGCAUCAUGGAUCUUCACAACAACCGCGAGGAUCCCUCCAUAAAGACUCUGUUUCUCUGGUCAAUGCCUGGCAGCAAGCACUUCUGCGGCCUUUCAGAGCUUCAAGCCUUUGACCCCAAGGUCAAGACCCCUUUCUGGGACAAGGAAACUGGCAACUCCAUGAUGAUUUCUUGGAAGUACUGCAAGCUGGUCCCCUAUGAAGAGGUCAUUCCACUCGUCGAGGGCAAGAUCGACCAAGGAUCCAUUACUCAGAUGUGGAACGGAAUG